AUAGAUACUUCGGAAAUUUUACAUUUGUUAGAUGUACGCACCAGCAAGGAAUUGGAAUGUAUAGAUUUGGCCAAUGCUGGUAUGGUUUAUGGUUCGGCACAAUUUAAGGGUUUGGCUACGGGUGGUAAUGUUUCGCCCGCUUUGGCUUUGGCUGGUACACAUGCCUGCUACAAUUCUUUAGCUUGCCGUGGUGUACAGCUGUAUGUUUUGGGAGCAAAAUCAAUGCAUUCGAUUGGUGUAAGAACUUGGAUGGAGAGGAUAACAUAUUUGGUUAAAAAUCAACGUUGGCAAGAAGCCUGUGAUUUAGCCUUAGAUGGCUAUAAAGCGGCAGGCGAGCGACCCAAAAGGAAACAACAGGCCAAGGAGCGUAUUAUUAUGUUAUUUAAGGAGUACAUAGCGGCUUCUGCUAGAGCACCCGAUUACUGUUUAGGCGCCAUUAUCAAAUGUCUCAUAACCAUAGGAGAGCUAGAACUGCUAUGGACCCAGCUAUGGGAACGUUUACAGAACAAAGAACUAUUCCUACACCAUAUUACCGCCGCACAUAUAGAAAAUGACGAUAUACACCGUGUUAACCCUAUUAUUUCCCAAGCCCUAGUAGAAUAUUGGCUUAAGAUAUCACCCUCACAAUUAGAAGAAAUUAUCUUGAAAAUGGACUGGACCUGUUUGGACUUAAAUCAAGUCCUUAAGGCGGCCAAAAAAUAUAAACUCUAUAAAGCACAAAUAUUCCUAAAUGCAAAUGCUUUGCAUGACUACACUGUUUCUUUAACGGAACUUAUACCCUUGCUGGACUAUGAACAUCCUGAUUUGGGUAAUUGCCUUUUGGUUUAUAUUUCUAGUAGUUUAGCCGGUCGUGGUUAUCCUCAGGGUGACAUACCCGAGGAACUAAGACAAAAUGUUAAACAUGAUGUUUUACGUUGUUUAACUUCACUGCAUUCCAAUACUAGUGAACCGGAUGAAUUGCCAUAUCCCUAUUUGAGGGCUCUAUUGAAAUUUGAUAUACGCGAGACUUUGAAUGUGAUAUCGUUGGCUUUUCAGGAGAAGGAAUUCAAUUGUGAACUGGGUUUCCAGCAUCGCAAAAGGAUUAUAAAUAUAUUGUUGGAAAUUAUGACGCCGGAAAAUAAUACGUGGUCCGAAAUUGGUUGUCUACUCAAUUUCAUUGCCCAACAGAUCUCACAAUCCUGCUUGCCAGCCGAUACACAACUCCUCGAAAAAGUCCUUAACUAUUUAUCUAAAGAGUCGAUAGAAAAUGAAAGUGCUCGCUUACAUUCCGAACGUGAGAAUGCCUGGCAUGAGUUGCUGGUCAAUAAUUGUCUCGAUGCCAUAACCAACGAUGAAGAACAAUUAGAAUUGGCCAAAAAGGCUCAUUGUCAUUAUGUGGAAGAAUAUUUAUUGGAAAAACUACAACGUUACGAUAACAUACUCGAGUGUUAUCUCAACAAUCCGUUGAGACACGAAACCAUGUUUGUGUAUAUGGAACGACACAACAAGGAUGAGGAGAGAAAAAUCUAUGAACAACUACGUAAACAUAUCAAACGUUUGCUGACAAUAGAUGCCCAAGAAACGACACGCAUAGUGGAUUUAUAUUUUAAUAACAAAAUCGGGGAAUUGCUGGAAAUGGUGGCAGAUGAUGAAAAGAUUUUGUUUACAUUUCUCAAACAUUUGCAGCAAAGAAAUGAAAACUUAGCCCAAGAACAAAAACUAAAACUUUUGGAGUUAUUGUGUAAAUUUGAACCUUUAGAGGUGGAAGAGUUUUUAAAGAAAACGGCAGGUUAUCAUACUCAGGCGGCCCUUAAAUUGGUGCAACAAUACCAACUCCUGCAGGCAGCCAUAUUCUUAGCAGAGAAAUUAUUUGAUUAUAAAUUAGCUUUUAGCAUUUCUAUGGAUAUUUUAAAAAGUGCCAAAACGGAGAAUAUGGCCGAAUGUGCCCAAAAGGUGUCAGCUUUAUGUGCUCGCUCCUCCAUGUGCUCUAAAUCUUGUCUAACAGCCAAAGAACGUGAGGCAUUGUGGAUGGAUUUACUAAUUAUUUUACCUUUGGAGGAGUUUAAGUCCAUAACAAAAACCAUGCUGCAUGAAGCCUCACAACAUGUCGAUCUGCCCAAUUUGGUGCAGCUCAUCAUGAAUACCCAUAAUGUUUCGGGAAGUUUUGGUGAUAUUAAGGAAUUACUUUUGAGUAUGUUAAAUCAAUCGAAACAGGAAACGCAUGCCAUGGAAAUAAGUCAAAAAAUAAUGGAAAAAGAAUUGGCACAAGAAUUCCAUAAUUACCAUAAAAAAGCCACACGUGGCCUAUGGAUAACCAUGAUGCGUUGUGUCGUUUGCCAACAACGUUUGUAUAAUCAAUCGGCCAUAUUGAUUUUAGGUUCCUGUGGUCAUGCCAUGCAUGAACAAUGUUCCCAAGAGUUUUUAACAAAACAAACUGUAAAUCCCUCCAAUGUUUUGACUGUGAACAACAGUGAACAAUCAUCAAUGCAAGAGAAUAAUUUAGAAUGUCCUUACUGCCUUAAUGAAAUCGAUAUUAGGAUAUUUGAUAAACCUUUACAAUUAGCCAAACCUAGUCAUAAUGUUAUUAACUACAACAGCAAUACUAAUGCAAAUUAUAAAGCCAGUAACCGGGAAUUGGGAGUUUUGCAAUUAAAAUCACCACCUAGAAAAUUUGAAACGUUAGCACUGUUUUUGGGGGGACGCUGGACAUAAACCAUAAUUCUAAUUGUAUACGUAAAUUUAAACAAUUUUAGAGAAUUGCACUUGUUAACAACUCUACUCUCGCGCUUUUCUCUCACACUUAUUUACUAAUAAUUGUCUUGUCCCGUUUUAGUUUUUAAGUUAAUUGUAUUUUUAUAUUAAUUAUUUAUAUAAAACAAUUUAAAGUUAUUUAACCAGUAUUCUUAUUAAGACUUUCUGUUGUUAUACCAUUAAUAUGAUGGCUUUUUUCUAUAUUAUCAGGGUAUAUAAUUAUUAAUAC